CUCCUGUAAAGAACAGUUUGUGAGUGUUCAGUUUUUUUCCGGAGUUGAAGUUUUCAAUGCGGAUGUGGCAAAGCCAGUGAGUCUAAGGGUCAGUUCACCGCUAUAACUGGUUUCCAAGUUCCUCCUUGUGAGGGUACAUUUGGCCGUAUCGACAGUUUUAUUGCCCACUACCGCGUUAUUUGUGUUUUAAGGAGGCAGAACAAAAAGUGACGCCGUCAUUAAUGGAACGAACAUGCAAACUGCAGCCUUAGCUCGCAAGGAACAUCGACGCUGCUUUGAGCGUAACUAGAAAUGUAGAACAGAAUGCUCAAAGUAAAUAAACACGGCGGAGUGUUGUAGAUCUAUUUAUCCUCACGGUUUAAAACAUGAAUAUCAAUUACUGUCGUGAAUUUACAGUCAUGGUGCUUUUAGCGUUAUGCUUGAAUCGGUGUGUAGAACCCCGCCUGAAAAUCUGCAGAGAAAAAGGCGAGAGUGAUCCCAGUGCGGUGGUUACAGAAGCUGGAACCGAAGUGACUUUGCCCUGCAACGCCUCGAGCGUGCAGAGCGGCGUGCUGUGGAGACUCAAUGGCAGCGCCGUGCCUCCAAGCGUGAGCCACACUUUAAACGCAAUGGGCUCCAUCACUAUUGAGGGCACGUCUCUCUCGGCCAACGGAGUGUACAGCUGUCACAACAAUGUCAGUGGGGAACAACUGAUAAACGUCACUUUGGAAGUUGGAUAUCCACCAAAGAGACCCAAUGUGAGCUGCAGAGCCAUUAACCCACACAAGGUGAUUUGUAAGUGGUCAUCUGGCAGAGAAACGUUUCUUCCCAUCAAGUUUACCGUAGUCGUCAAAUCAAAGGACGCCGAUAUCAAAUGCAUCCCAAAGCGCCGCCGAAAUGAAUGUUCCUUCGCCGGCAAAUACAACGAACCGUAUCCCUACGCCGUGACUGUGGUUGCUAAAAAUGCACUUGGAUGUGAAGGAAGUGAAACUGUAAAGUUUUCCCUCAAGUCAAUCAUGAAACCCGACCCACCCAACAUUCUGAAAGUAAUUCCAGGCCAGGGUCGCCAGAGGCAUGUGUGGGUGAUCUGCUCUUAUCCAAGCACGUGGAACCACGCAGACAAGGGAUUCACGCUCACAGCUGAGCUGGAGUACAAAUCAAUGGAAGAGAGAAAUUACAGACAGAUCAAGAUCGCCACGUCUCGCGAAAAUGUAUGGGUGUUAAAAAUCCUUGAUUCCCAUCCUGGCACCUCGCGUGUGAUACGCGUGCGUGCCAAGGAUUUCCUCGAUUAUGGAAGAUGGAGUGACUGGAGUCCACCGACCUACGUAAACACAUCAAACGAAGAUGAAUCCAAAGUGGACAUUCCUAAGAAAUUUGACAAUGUGGCAAGCGCAACAAUUUAUAUAGAGAGCUCAGUGGAGUCUGAGCCAACACAAUAUCCAGAUGCUCUGAAAAAAGUCAAUCUGCAUGGUGGGACAAGCAAGAUAAGCGUAUUUUGUAUUGUUCUAUGUUCAGCCUGCCUUGCUCUGACCACAUUAACUGGCAUUGCCUUCGUGUACUUAAAAAAGAGGCGAAAAGAAGAUACGAGACAUCAGGAUGCCGUGGCAAGACAGGAAUUGGAGCCCUUAGCUGCUCCUGUUAUUUUGAUGAAUGGGGACAUGACCAGCACCAAUCCCAUCCACGAGACACCUCCCCAGGAUGAUCUCACUCGCAUUAAUUUAGACGAAUCCAAUCCCUUCGUGCAGGCCUUUGGAGAUCCAAGACUUCCCAUCAACAACAACGUGAUAAACUCGGAAUACUUUUACAAACGUAUAAAAACGUCUUUUUUAUUCCAAGAAACACAGGUUUAGGAUCAGACUUAAACAAGAACUGAUUGCCAGUUUGGAUAAUUUGCUUUGUAUGCACUUCUUUAGCACGGUAUGUAGCCAACCGUGCUAAAUGGAGGUGCUUAACAGCAAUACAGCCAAAUCUGGUGUUGUAGUCGAUCAUUGUUCACAUUUAUCCAGUCACAAUGACUUUUCCAGUACUGUAUUAAAACAUUCCUUUGAAGUUUUUUGUAAAAUAUAGUGGGAUAGUCAAAAUUAUAAUUCAUGGCGUUUUGGCCAUGGUCCCAUCUUGGUCUCAUGAUAUGAGCCUUUGCCAGAAUGCAGCGUGACAAUCGAUCUGUUAAGUCACGUGACAGGUUGUCGAUUUGUUUGGGACAGCCCGUGUGUUAAACAAGCACAACCCUGUAUUUUAAACGGUACCGAUGUGUCGGAUCAACUUUGAUGACUGUAUGUAACAUGUUCAAAUGUUAACUUGUUUCCAAUUUCAAAUAAAAAAAAUGUCCUGA